AACCGUUGCACUGGACACCCAAAACAUUACACACACUAUCCCUCCCUCUCUUGUUUCCUUUCCCAGUAGCACACCAAACAAACUCGCUCUCUCCCUCUCUUAUUAAUCACUCAUCAAUUUCCCAAACGGAAAAACCCUAAUAAUCGGAAAUCAAAAUGGCCGUGACGGAGGAAACCGGCGGCGCCACCGUGAUCGACGAGACCUACGAGUUCUCCGCGCCGCGAUUCUUCGAUUUCGUCAAAGGAGAGUCUGAUGAGGAAUCGCGUAAGGCUGAGCUCUGGUUCGACUCCGCUCUCUCCUACGCUCCUUCGCCAUUCAUGCCUAAAAUCAAGACCGGUAGAUCUAUUACUGUGGAUACCUUGUGUGAUUUUAGUGAAGCUGACAAAAUGCAGAAGAUGUUUGCUAGUGUUGAUAACAAUGUUCUGGAAACCAAUGUACAACAACAGAGCAUGACUACCAAAACAGAGGAAGAUGAAGCUGACAAAGUGCAGAAGACGUCAGCAAAUGUUCUGGAAACCAAUAUAAAACCACAGAGUGUGACUACUGUAAAGGAAGAUGAUGCACCUUGCCCUGAUAAAGAAAGAAGUGAGAAUGAUUAUAAAGAAGAUAGUGCAUGCUUAAAGGUUUCAUCUGGAGGAGCAUUCGUUGAAGUAGCAAAAGAUGCUUGCACACCAAAACCAGCAUUACUGAAAAAAGUUGCCACAUCCACUAAUUCCAAGAAGACACAUAAUAAGAAUGAUUAUAAAGAAGAUAGUGCAUGCUUAAAGCUUUCAUCUGGAGGAGCAUCCGUUGAAGUAGCAAAAGAUGCUUGCACACCAAAACCAGCAUUACCGAAAAAAGUUGCCACAUCAACUAAUUCCAAGAAGACCCAUAAUAAGAAGAUGGCCACGAAUACAAAAACUCAGUUAAAGUCAGCAACAGUGAAGAGCGUUGCAGGGACUCCUCACUUGGUCCAAGAGAAUCAAGCCAUUAAGAGGCAAAAAUUGGAUGAAGGAAAAUCUAGACAGAUUAUGAAUGUCAAACAUCAGACAUUGCCUCAUAAUAAGUCAAAAUUGGGUUUAACCGUGUCUACUAGCACUAGUAAAUCUCACAAAGAGGACAGAAAGGUUUAUGUUCGUGAAACACCAGCAACACCAGCCUCUGUACCAUUUGUAUCAAUGGCAGAAAUGAUGAAAAAAUUUCAAUCUAGUACCAGAGACCUGUCAUUGCCCAUCGUUGUUUCUCAUACAAAACCAAAACUUACAUUGACUAGGCCUAAGGAGCCUGAAUUUGAGACAUCUCAGCGGAUUCGCCCAGCUAGGGUGAAGAGUAGUGCUGAGCUUGAGGAAGAAAUGAUGGCUAAAAUCCCAAAAUUCAAGGCUCGACCAUUGAAUAAGAAGAUUUUGCAAACUGCAACUUUGCCUCCCGUUCCAAGAAGUACACCACAGCUACCAGAAUUUAAGGAAUUUCAUCUGGAAACUUUGGCUAGGGCCCAUCAGAAUGCAGAUACAGCUUCAAUAGCUUCAACAGAGGUGUCUCAUAAGGAGAGUUCAAGGAAGCCUUAUCUUACAGAACCAAAAACACCUUUGCUCCAAACUUCACUAAGAGCCCGCCCACCCAAAGUGAAAAGCUCAUUAGAAUUAGAGCAAGAGGAGCUUGAAAAGGCCCCUAAAUUCAAGGCAAGACCUCUAAAUAAGAAGAUCUUUGAAAGUAAAGGGGAUAUUGGAGUAUUUUGCCAUACCAAGAAACAUGUUACCGAACCUCAAGAAUUUCACUUUGCCACUGAUGAAAGGAUUCCGCCACCUGCUGCCAUGGCUGAUUUAUUUGGCAAGCUUUCUAUGAAGUCUGAACCUGCACGUAAUCACAACCCAAUCCCAAGAAACACGACUCCAAAUCCGUUUCAUCUCCACACAGAGGAAAGAGGUGCUGAGAAAGAGAAGAAGCUGGUCAUGGACCUUCUGCAGAAACAGUGGGAAGAGGAAAACGCAAGGAUUCCCAAGGCUAAUCCAUACCCUUACACCACUGAUUACCCUGUGAUCCCACCAAAACCAGAACCAAAGCAAUGCACAAGACCAGAGCCAUUCCAAUUGGAGAGCCUGGUAAGACACGAGGAAGAAAUACAAAAGGAACACGAAGAAAGACACAGAACAGAAAGAGAAGAGGCUCAGAUGAGAGCGUUUAAGGCACAACCAAUCUUAAAAGAGGACCCAAUCCCCCUUCCAGAGAAGGUCCGCAAACCCCUCACACAAGUUCAGGAAUUUAGUUUACAUGUGAAUCAUCGGGCUGUGGAUAGAGCACAAUUUGAUGAAAGGAUUAAGGAAAAAGAAAUGAUGUACAAACGAUACAGAGAAGAGAGUGAAGCAGCAAGAAUGAUAGAAGAAGAGAAAGCGUUGAAACAGAUGAGAAGGACAAUGGUUCCGCAUGCUAGGCCAGUUCCUAAUUUUGAUAAUCCAUUUUGUCCCCAAAAGUCUUCAAAGGACAUAACGAAACCCAAGUCACCAAAUUUGCGUGUACUCCAUAGAAAGGAAAGACGGAAGGUAUUCAAUGGAACUGUGUUCUCGAGUCCAGCUGCUAACAUGAGAUGACUCAAUUUUUCAGUUCCAAGACAUGAGAUGACUCAAUUUUUCAGUUCCAAGACAUGAGAUGACUCAAUUUUUCAGUUCCAACUUGUGAUUAGUGUUCAAGAACUCUUGAAUCCUUGACAUCUAGGUGUUUGUUGUGUAAUAAACUUAUAUAGCUCGGUACCCAAUCUUAAUUCUUUGAUGUAUAUUUUUCAAAAACAAGUUAGAAUGAUGGAGAUUAAUAGUGCUAAUUAAAUUAUGAAUUCCUCUGAAAA